UCAUUCAAUGAUUUCAGUUUGUUAACAAAAAGACGAAAGAAAAAGCAACCAAAGCAACCAAAGCAACCAUAGUAAAUUUGACAUCAUGCCUUACUCUUGCAACGCACUUACUGAAGCUAUCCGAACCAUUGAAGACAAGCGCAUUGAGAAUAUUAAACCUCUUAUCCCACCACAAAUCCUGAUCGAAGAGCUCCCACUGACUUUGAGAGCAGCGCAAACAAUCAUUGAGGGACGUAAGGCAGCUGAGAAUGUUAUUAGAGGGGCCGACGAUCGUUUGAUGGUGAUUGUAGGCCCAUGCUCCAUCCAUGAUGUACAGGCAGCCAAAGACUAUGGUUAGUUGGUUUGCUAAAAUUUUUUUUUUUUUGUCAUGUUAAAAAUAGGAUGCCUAUUCAUAAAUUACCUUUUGUUUUUGUAGCUCGACUGCUUAUCAAAUACAAUGAAACGGCAAAAGAAGACCUCUUACUGAUUAUGCGUGUUUACUUUGAAAAGCCAAGGAC